CAGAAGAGCCAUCCUGAGUCCAGCUCACACAUCUGUGCCAUUCGCCCACUGGGGUUUACCUUUUCUCUUUGGACUAGACUUCAGCAGAAAUCGCCGAACUAACACAGAGAUGAGUGGAAAACAUGCAACAUAUGCAACGGUGAAACACAUCCCUUCCAAAAAGCCAGAGCGAAAAGAAAAGACAAAAGAGCAGCUAAUUUACACAGAAGUGAAAACAGUCACUUCACAGUCCAACCAGACAAAGAUAACAAGAACUAAAUCACCUGAAGAAAAAGGGUCUUCAGUUCCAUUUCCUUGGUGUUUCACGGUAGUGAUUCUCGGAAUCUUCUGUUUCCUUCUCCUUUUAACCACAGGAAUCUUAGGAUUUAUGGUUUUCCAGGGUGGAUUACCAGAGCCUCCACUGGACAAUGGAACACAAGAAAAUUCCACAUCUAAAAACAUGACUCUCAAAGAGAAACCACUUAACACAGGAAAGGAAUGUAAAAGUAAAUGGUCGUGUUGUGGACAGAAAUGUUACUAUUUUUCGGAUGAAUCGAAGAACUUUGAAGAAAGUAAAAAACGCUGCAAGGAAAUGGACUCCACACUUCUUAAGAUAGAAGAUAAGGAAGAACUGAACUUCAUUCAAAGCAGACUAUCCUAUUUCUAUUGGAUUGGAUUAUCUCGUAAAGGAACCAAAAAUCAAUGGACAUGGGAAGAUAAGUCAUUGCCUUUUCUAAAAUUUGAUUGGAAAGAGUCAAACGAAGGAAACUGUGCAUAUAUUAAAGCAACAAAGAUGUCUGCUUCUGACUGUUCCAGAUUCAUGCACUUCAUUUGUGAGAAGUAGAUAGCUUGUCUUGCUACCUGAUGAAAAGACAACCAAGGACACAUUCAACAACGUUUCCUUAUAAAAACUCAGACCCUUGGAAGUCCAGUCUGUAUAUCUCUCAUUUCAGAAUGCUUUGUUAUGGGCUGCACCUAUAUUUGAGCUUGAUAGAGAUACAUUGUGGACCCUCCACUUCUGCCUCUUUCAAACAUAAAUCCCAGAUCACACCAGUUAUGAGCACAGGUUGGCAGAGUGAGAAAGUAUCAGUGCAUCUCAUGAACCUUAGGACUGUGUAGUCAAUUUCUGCUACUCACACAGAUUUAGUAAGUAAUCUUGCAAACUGUUGUCACUGCCAUGUACAUUUUACCUGGGAUUUAAUGCCAAGAGUAAAUGAAGUCAUUAUUCUGUAUCAAUUGUAUAUGCAUUUGUUUGAUUUCUUACUUUUUAGCAGAAAGACAGUAUAGUAACAGAAAGAAAACAAAUAGAUCUGUGUUUGUGACCUAUACCACAACUAAUAGCCUGAAUGCUCUCUGGCAAGUCCAGACUUCUGGGUAUGAUUCCGUAUUGCAAAGUGGCUGUACCAUUUUGCAUUCUAUUAGCAGUGUAUGAGAAUUCCAUUUGCUAAUGUCCUACUAACUUUAAUAUUGAAAAAAUUAAAAAAAAUUUUAAUAAGGUGUUGUAUAAUAAAGGUAUAUUUGCAUAUCUCUAAUGAAUGUUGCCGGGAGAAAUAUCGAUAACCUCAGAUAUGCAGAUGACACCACCCUAUGGCAAAAAGUGAAGAAGAACUAAAAAGCCUCUUGAUGAAAGUGAAAGAGGAGAGUG